AUGCUGCUGGAUGCGGGGCCGCAGUUCCCCGCGCUGGGAGUGGGCACGUUCGCCCGGCACCCGCCCCCGUCGGCGGCGGAGAUGCAAGAGCGCGAACUGAGCCUGCAGAACAGCUUCGUGGACUCGGCGGCGGCGGCGGCGGCGGCUCACCUGGGGGCCUUCAAGCUGAACGCGGCGGCGGCGGCGGCGGCGGCUCACGAGCUCUCCCCGGGGCAAGGCUCGGCCUUCAGCUCGCAGGCACCGGCUUACCCGCACGCCGCCCACGUCGGCUCCUACUCCGGGCCGCCUUUCAACUCCCCGCGGGACUUCUUGUUUCGGAGCCGAGGCUUCGGGGAGCCGGCGGCGGGCGGCGGCGGGCAGCACGGGCUCUUCGGAGCGGCGGCGGCGGCCACCGGCAGCCUCCACCACCCGCACGCGGAGGCGCAGAGCCACCUGCUCUUCCCGGGCAUCGGAGACCAGCAUGGCGCUCCCGGUUCACCCAACGUACUCAACGGGCAGAUGCGCUUGGGCUUACCCGGAGAAGUCUUCGGUCGGUCGGAUCAGUACCGCCAGGUGUCCAGCCCCCGAACUGACCCUUAUUCGGCAGCCCAGCUGCAUGGCCAAUACGGCCCCAUGAAUAUGAACAUGGGCAUGAACAUGGCGGCGCACCACGCUCACCACCCGCACGCCCACCCGCACGCCCACCACCACCACCACCAUCACCACCACCCCGGGGCCUUCUUCCGCUACAUGCGCCAGCAAUGCAUCAAGCAGGAGCUGAUCUGCAAGUGGAUCGACCCGGAGCAGCUCAGCAGCCCCAAAAAGAGUUGCAAUAAAACUUUCAGCACCAUGCACGAGCUGGUCACUCACGUCUCCGUGGAGCACGUCGGGGGCCCCGAGCAGAGCAACCACAUCUGCUUCUGGGAGGAGUGUCCGCGCGAAGGGAAGCCCUUCAAGGCCAAGUACAAGCUGGUCAACCACAUCCGCGUGCACACGGGCGAGAAGCCUUUCCCCUGCCCCUUCCCGGGAUGCGGCAAGGUCUUCGCCCGCUCCGAGAACCUCAAGAUCCACAAAAGGACGCACACAGGGGAGAAGCCCUUCCAGUGUGAAUUUGAAGGCUGUGACAGGCGCUUUGCCAACAGCAGCGACCGGAAGAAGCACAUGCACGUUCACACUUCGGACAAACCCUACUUGUGCAAAAUGUGUGACAAAUCUUACACCCACCCCAGCUCUCUGAGGAAACAUAUGAAGGUUCACGAAUCAUCUCCACAAGGCUCCGACUCCUCGCCUGCUGCCAGCUCCGGCUACGAAUCCUCCACCCCGCCGGGCUUGGUGUCCCCCAGCACAGAGACCCAAAGUACGGCCACCUCCAACUUGUCUCCUGCAGCUGCCGCUGCCGCUGCUGCAGCUGCAGCGGUGGCUGCAUCUGCAGUUCACCGGAGUGGUAGCAGCAGUGGAACGGGUGGCUCCGGAGGUGGUGGCGGCGGCGGUGGAGGGAGCCAUAGUAGCCUCACCUCCAAUUUCAACGAGUGGUACGUCUGA